UAUGGGUCUGCCGCUGUACCGGUUGAAGGACAUCAGACAGCUGUAUGAAGUGGAUACGUGGGGGGACAGUCCUAUUGAUUUCUCUAACCCCUCCAUACACCCCCGACCCCGGGGCCAUGUCAUAGCAGCCAGAAUCACCAGCGAAAACCCUGACGAAGGAUUUAAGCCUAGUUCUGGGACUGUCCAGGAGUUGAAUUUCCGCAGCAGUAAGAACGUGUGGGGGUACUUCAGUGUGUCUGCCACGGGGGGACUACAUGAGUACGCUGACUCCCAGUUUGGACACUGCUUCUCCUGGGAGAGAACAGGGAGGACGCCAGAGAGAAUUUGGUGGUGGCGCUGAAGGAGCUCUCAAUCCGUGGAGACUUCAGAACCACGGUAGAAUACCUCAUCAAACUCUUCGAGACUGAGGAAUACCAGAACAACAAGAUAACGACGGGCUGGCUGGACAAGCUGAUAUCUGAGAACGUCCAGGCAGAGAAGCCGGACGUCAUGCUGGGUGUGAUAUCCGGAGCGCUCCAUAUUGGGGAUCACCAGAUCCAGGAGUGCUUCCAGAUGUUCCAGACCUCACUGGAGCGCGGACAGAUCCUGCCGGCUACGUCGCUCAAAAACCACGUGGACGUGGAGUUCAUCAGUGAGGGGAUCAAGUAUAACGUCAAGGUGGUGAAGACAGGGCCAAACAACUACUUUAUUUGUAUGAAUGACUCCAUGCUGGAAGUGGAGGCACACAGACUAAGUGAUGGGGGCUUGUUGAUCUCGUUUGACGGAGCCAGCUUCACUACUUACAUGAAGGACCAAGUAAGCAGCUACAGGAUAACCAUAGGAAACAAAACCUCUGUACUUCAUAAGGAGAAUGAUCCUACCAAACUCAGCUACAGGAUUACUAUAGGAAACAAGACCUGUGUACUUCAUAAGGAGAAUGAUCCUACCAAACUCAGUUACAGGAUUACCAUAGGAAACAAGACCUGUGUCCUUGAUAAGGAGAAUGAUCAAACCAAACUCAGGUAUUGUAUAAAACAGUUACAGGAUUACUAUAGGAAACAAGACCUGUGUACUACACAAAGAGAACAACCCUACCAAACUCAGCUACAGGAUUACUUUAGGAAACAAGACCCUGUGUCUUUCAUAAGGAGAAUGAUCCUACCAAACUCAG